UUGGCACCUUUAACCGCCCGGGACUCAGCUGGCGUCCCAUGGAGCGGAUUUGGCGGAACGGAACGAGCGUAUCACCAAUCACGGGAUUGUUCUGAUAAAACCCUGUCAAAGAUUUCGUCGAAACGGUCCCAUGAUUGGUGAUACGUUCGUUCCGUUCCGCGUUAUCCGCUUCAUGGGACGCAAGAGUGGUUGUGUUUUACUGAACCUAACCUAACUACUCCAAGAAUUUGGCAGUAUGGCAUACCAUUUAUGAUUUUUGUUUUCGGUGGAUCGCUUGGCCUCCGAGAAUUUACGGAAUUACGUUAUAGAUAUAAACGUACACAUGAACAUAAAGUACGCGACGAAUUAGAAAAGAAAGGAAUUCAAAUGAAACAACCAGAAGAAAUUACUUUAGAGAAAGAAUAUGAAAAGUUGGAGAAGAUGGAUCUUGACAACUGGAAGAACGUUCGGAUAUCAAGACCAUGGGAAGAAUCAGAAAAUACAAGAGCUCAAAAAGAUGCACUUAUAAAGAAACAAUCCAAGCAAAAUUCAAUACAUAUAAUUGAGUAAAAGACGAAGCAAAUUUAAAAUAAAGGAUAUAUGAGGAAAAUGAAACAAUUAAUGUA